CAACCGAAACGGAGAGUCGCUUUUUCUGUUUAUUAUGGGCCGUUUAUGGGAUGUGCGGAGUGGAAUCGUUCCCCCUCGUCUCCUCCGCCUUUGAUGUUGAAGCGGGGCCUAAUCUGUUUUCACUGAUGAAGGAGUCGCUCCCCAACGCCUCAGCUCGAGCUGGAAGCCUGAGAAGUCUCUAUCCUUUUGAUGCUGACGCGCAGGGGCCGUAGCCGAGCACAUGCAGUCUCAGCAACUCGCACAGCCCACCGGCUCCCGCAUUAUCUUCUCCGGGGAGCCCGGGGCUGCUUCAGGUCAACAGAUACUGACCCCGCAGCUCGCCCAUGAGGUGGUCAUCUCCCCUGGACUCCCCACUCCUCCUCUGAGCCCCUUCGGGUCCGCGAGGCUGCCGUGUGGAGACCUCAAGGUACCAGAACUUAAUGGAAGCGGCCCAGCUACUCUCAGCUUCGGUGCAUACUAUGGCCCCUCACAGUCAAAUGGCGGACUGUCCAACGGGGUCCAGGGAUCUGCUUCGUCAGCGCAGGGCUGGGGCCCCACCAGGGAGGAGAGGCUCAUCAAGUUCUCAGGCAUCGGCCCAGUGGAUGAGACGGGGAUGCCGAUCGCCUCCAGAUCAAGCGUGAAUAAGCCCAGAGACUGGUACAAGAGCAUGUUCCGACAGAUUCACAAGAAGCCAGAGGACGCGGAGCCGGAGGAGUCGGAGCGCCGGUCGGUGGAACGUAAGUCGGGCUCCGAACGUCUGCCUGACGCCGCUGGAGGCAGCAGCGAAGCGGACGGGAAUCUCUUCAGGCUCACGCCCUACGGAGCUCUACCAGACUGGAGCGAGGACGUGGAGACGCUGUCAGACCCGGGGAAGCUGCACCCUCAGCCCAGGAGCAUUUUUGACUUUGAGCCUGGGAGCGGCGCGUCUCCAGAGCGCCGCAGCCAGGCUCGUCUGUCCGUGACAAAUCAGCCGGAGAAGCCGAAGUCUCCUUCCAUUGAGGCCAGUCUGGUCUCAGAGCUGAGUCGCUUUGAGGCUGAGCUGGACUCGGAGAUCCAGGGCCUGGAACGGAGGCUUUCCCAGAAGCAGCAGCAGCAGCAGCAGCAGCAGCAGCGUCGAGGCCGGGGUGAGGAGGCCACAAGCAGGGAUCCAGUGACGGCUCCUCAGACUGACACCACACACUACAGCUCGUCAGCAUCAAAGCAGCCCGUCCUCGGCUCCACCGGCACAUCAGCGGCAGCUGCGUCCACAUAUGUAGAACGGCUCUCACCUGCACAUGACACCAUGGAGCCCAAGAGAGAGGAGAAAAGGAGGAAAGCGGCACGAGCCAAGUUCAGCUUCCAGGCUCAGUCACCAAAGGAGCUCACGCUGCAGAAAGGCGACAUCGUCUACAUCCACCGGCAGGUCGACGCCAACUGGUUCGAAGGAGAGCACCACGGAAGGGCCGGCAUCUUCCCCACGUCCUACGUGGAGAUUCUGCCUCCGACAGAGAAGCCCACGCCGAUAAAGUCUCCGACCCUUCAGGUGCUGGAUUACGGGGAGGCCGUUGCUCUGUUUAACUUCAACGCUGACCUGCCUGUUGAGCUUUCUUUUCGCAAGGGCGAGGUGAUCAGUAUAAGCCGGCGCGUGGACGACAGGUGGCUGGAGGGCCGCAUCCCGGGGACCAGUCGCAGCGGCAUCUUCCCGGCCACCUACGUGCAGGUCAACAAGAUGCCGCGCACCAAGUUCUGCUCGGACGACUACUCCUCGGGGCCCAUGUCGCCCGUCUCGCCCGCCUCGCCCGGACCCCAGAGCCCGGGACGCCCGCUGCACUCGCCCCGGCUGCGCUCACCGCUGGCGCCCUUCUCCCCCGCUCCCCUCGGCCCCAGACCCGAGCACUCCCCCCCGCCGAAGUCGCCCUCCCCCGCGCCGCACGGGAUCUCGGCUUCCCCGACCCGGACCGGCCGCUGGAACCACUGCGACCCGAGCGGCCCCCCGUCUGACAAACACUGGGCUAGAGCCCCGUCCGCAGCGCACGCGCCCCGGUUCACUGACCCCUCGCAGGCUGCAGUUCCGAACUCCGCGGAUCCAUUUAAUCCACAUGUGAGCUACUCGGUGCCAAACAAUCCCGGUUCCACGGUGGUGCAACGCCAGCCAUAUAAGGCUGUUUACAACUACAAGCCGCAGAAUUCUGACGAGCUGGAGCUUAGAGAAGGAGACAUUGUGCAAGUGAUGGAGAAAUGUGAUGACGGCUGGUUUGUAGGUACGUCAGAACGGACUCAUGCUUUUGGGACUUUUCCUGGGAACUAUGUGGCACCGGUUUGACUUCACCCUUUCCCGCUUGUCCACACCUAUCUGAACUGAACUCGAUAGAGCCCAGCUAAUCACUCCAAUGAAACCCAGCUGAUCCAGCUUUGACAUCACAACAUUUUGUCCCAUCACCUGAUUUGGUCACACCCGCAUGUCAGAACACACACACUUCCCAGAAGUUGGGGCGAAGGCGGGGACAUCGUGCAGUUUUCUCACCUCACCUCCCUGCACGAGUGUGUGUGCAUGUGUGUGUGUGUGUGUGUGUGUUGCACUGAGACUCGAGAAUGUUUUCUCACACUUGAGAGGAAUGAUGAACGCUGAUGAUUCUUUUUUAAAUGCAACGAAUGGACUUUCUAGUUCCACAACUUUUUGCAGCUGCAGGAAGUUUUGCCGUCCGUCCCACUGAGCAGCACUGAUAAAGAAGGAUGCUGCUUUCAGCCUUUUGCCACCAAAUCACAAGCCACUGCGGAGAAAUCUGAAUGAGCACAGAUCAGCAUGUUUUGUUGAAAUAUUAACAUUUUUUCAAAUAUCUCCUUCAGAUUUUCUUUCAGAUGUCUGAUAAUUCGUGCGGCAGGUUUGAGGAAACAGCAAGAACACAGACGUGUGCUUAAAGUAAAGAGCAGUCAGGGCUCAGGACUUGAGACGUUUACCAGAAGAGCAACGUUUUUAUAGUAUUGCAUGUGUUGGUUUGUGAAGUACGUUAAACACUGUAGAAUGUUUGGCGAUGGAGUGGUAAAAAAGGGAGGAAAGCAAAAAUAACAUGAACUUUUAAUUCAGGCCGAGCGUCCACACCAGGUGGUUCACCGACCUGUAUGCAAAAUUUUGCCAUUUGUGCCAAAUAUAACAUUGAAUGACAUUUAUUUUAAAUACCAGCUUGCAUAUUUUCUGCUGCACUAUCUGUGAUUUACCUCUGUUACCAGUAUUCAGAAAACCGCCUACGUUUGUGCCAGCUGAUGAGUGUGACUUUUCUAAGAUGCAUCAGAAAUCCUUUUGUGAUUUUAUACGACAUAGUCUUGAUUUUCCUGUAAAAUUGAAAAAUGAUUAGUUGUUGACGCAGGAGAUGAUUGUACAGAUUGUAACCAUCUAUUAAAGUCAAAGUAUAUAAUAUAUUUGCUUAUGAAACAAUGUAUCUCAUGUAUGGUACGCGAUUUUUAAAAGGCAAGCAAUUAAAUGUAACAGAGUGAAACACAAAA